AGAGAAUUCAAUUAUUGAAUGUGUUUUAUAAUAAGGAUGAAUUUAAGAUAGAUGAUAUACUUUAUUAAUUAAGUGUAGAUGCAGAAGUUAAUACUCCUGACAAAUUGUUUUUAAGUGAGAGGGGAUAGGUAAACAGAAAUAGUACACAGUAAAAGUAAAAUUUAAACUAAAUAGUUAGGAAUAGUAGCAAUAGCAUAUGAAAGAUAAUUAGGGAAUUUCUGAAUUAUUUUUGAGAAUAUAAAUGAUUCUUAAAUGAGUAAGGCUGUUCCUUAUCUAUGGCAAAUAGUGAGGCAUAUUUAACUAAAAUGAUGAUUAAGUAAUCCAGCAACCGAAUAUCAAAGAACAAUCAAAUUUGUUUAAUAAAGAUUUGAUUGGAUAAUAAAUGACUGAGAAAGAUGGGGUAUCAAGAUGUAAAUAAUUGAAUAGGAAAGAUUUCUAUAUCUCUUUAGUCUGUCUAGAACAAGUAUUAAUUCAAUUGCAAUCACACUAUUAUACUUUUUACUUCUAUAUUUAUACAAUUAAAUCUAACUGCC